AUGCGGGCCCUCGCGCGCGCUGCGUUGCUGCUCCGCCGCGCCGCGGUGUCCGCGCCCACUACGGCAGCGCUACACCGCCCGCCGCCGGGCGUAGGCCCGUGCCUCGCGAAGAAUCAGCCAGGUUUCUUUUUCAAUGGGUAUUCUACUCUUUUGGCUCCACCAAGUGAAGUGCUGAUUCCGCCAGAACUUCUUUCUAGCAGGACUGUGUGGACACCAGAUCAGGAGCUUGGGCAGUAUGAAGACCUGGUAGCUAGGGUCACAAACUUCCAUAAUGAGGACAAGGGCUUCAUGGUUUUGGAUGGUGAUGUUUUUGAUGUUCCAAUUAGGAAGGAUAUUGUUCACCGUGUAGUAAGGUGGCAGCUUGCUAAAAGACAGCAGGGGACACACUCAACUAAAACUAUCAGUGAAGUGAGUGGCACCGGAAGAAAGCCUUACAAGCAAAAAGGAACUGGAAGAGCACGGCAUGGAACACUGCGCGGUCCCCAGUUCCGUGGUGGUGCAACCAUGCAUGGGCCUAAACCACGAAGCCAUGCAAUCAAGUUGCAGAAGAAAGUACGACGGCUGGGGCUUAAGAUUGCCUUGUCUGCUCGAACUGCAGAGGGGAAGUUCUUGGUCUUUGAGGACUUGGAAGUCCCUAGCCACAAGACGAAAAACAUUGUGCAAUACGUUAGCCAGAUGGAUGAUACAAAGAAGGUUCUGUUGGUGGAUGGAGGCGACAUUGAUAAGAAGCUAAAGCUGGCUACUCAAAACCUUCACUAUGUUAAUGUACUUCCUUCCAUUGGCCUCAAUGUUUACAGUAUCCUCCAGCAUGACACCCUUAAUGGAAGAAACGAGGCCAAUGAAGAGCUGAAGGAGGAGGCAGAUUACUUUGGGGACAUUAUUAUAGUUCCAUUCAUGGAUAGCUAUGACCUUGUUGUUCUAAAAACUAUCGCCAUUGUUGAGUAUGGGGUGAGGGUUGUUCCUGCAAAGCACAUAAUGAAAUGUGACGAUGAUACAUUUGUCAGAAUUGAAUCUGUAUUGGAUCAAGUAAACAAGGUCCAAAGUGGAAAGAGCAUUUAUGUGGGAAAUAUAAACUACUACCACAGACCCUUAAGAUCUGGGAAAUGGUCUGUCACAUAUGAGGAAUGGCCAGAGGAAGUGUAUCCUCCUUAUGCUAAUGGGCCUGGCUAUGUCAUUUCAUCGGAUAUUGCUCAAUAUAUUUUAUCAGAGUUUGAUAAUAAGACACUAAGACUAUUCAAGAUGGAAGAUGUUAGUAUGGGCAUGUGGGUUGAGAAGUUCAAUACUACUCGUCAGUCUGUAGAUUAUUUGCAUGAUGUCAGGUUCUACCAGCCUGGCUGCUUCGAUGGUUAUUUCACCGCACACUACCAAUCCCCACAACACAUGAUUUGUUUGUGGAGAAAGUUGCAAGCUGGGAGCGCUCAAUGCUGCAACAUCCAUGUUCGCAGACUGUCUCCGUACAAGCCAAAUUUAUUUGACCUAGCUAGGGUGGAGCCCUGA